UGUGGAAUUCAACGAAUACAAGUGGAUUUUUCACAAAUUGCUGGAUUCCCCGGUGUAGUGGGUGUGAUUGAUGGCACCCAUAUAAAAAUUGUUGCUCCAAAAGAUUUUGAAGAAGUUUACGUUAAUAGAAAAAACUUUCACAGCAUCAAUGUACAAGUUGUUUUUGAUGCUAAUUGCCUAGUGAGGAACAUUGUUGCAAAGUGGCCAGGAUCUGUUCAUGACUCAAGAAUUUUACGUGAAAGUGGACUUUGGCGAAUAUUUGAAGAGGACAGAAUACCUGCAGGAUGCUAUUUGUUAGGGGAUAGUUGGUACCCGUGUAAACGCUGGUUGCUGACCCCAUACCUAAGGCCUGAGGGACAUCAUCAAGAAGCUUAUAACAGGGCUCACAAGAAAACGCGAAGUAUCGUGGAAAGAGGGAUAGGUCAGCUAAAAAGAAGAUUUCAGGUUCUCCAUGGCGAAAUAAGAGUCGACCCACAAAAGGCAGCUAAGAUCAUCAUGGCAUGUGGCAUCAUGCAUAAUAUAUGCAAAGAACGGAACAUCCCAAUCGAAGAUGAAGAGGAUGUUGAUGACCAUAAUCAUGAUGAAGUGUUCCAGCCUGCGCAAGGAGAACCAGUUCCAGAUGGUGUACUUUUCAGGGAAAAUAUUCUCCGCAACCACUUCAUGAUUGAGGGCUAAAAUGUCGGAUGGAGGACCAAUUUAAUGGAAAUGGCUAUUGCUCCCACUAUCAGCAAGCAAGAGACAGAAGUCACGAGCAGCCACCACCAGAGACAGAUGCAAAGGAACAAGAUUUGGCCUUACAUUUAGAUGCAAAUCUGCCUCCAUCUCUCAUCUCUUCGACUUCAGCGUCUAUCACAUCAGCACCUUUAGAAAUCACCGCUCCAGGAACCUUUGACUUCGAUGUUCCUGGCGCUUCAGGCUUUGCAACCCCUGGCCCUUCAGGCCUUGUAUCCCGUCUUCACCACCCCAGUCCGUUCUGUCUCCAUCACACAACCUCCAGCACUCCACACUCUUCAUCCUGCACUGACUUGACCCCAGAAUCUGUUCGGCCAUAUCCCAAAGCUGCUGCCUGUCCUCUUGUACUAAGAAUUUAUUCAGUAAAGCCAUCAUUUUUUAUAA